GGGGAUAAAACUAUGAAGUUUUUAUUCAUUGGGUUGCGGCCCCUGUGGGACUGCAACUGAACUGUUGACGUUUUUUUAUGCUUUUGUGAGCGAAAUUACCUGUGUUCCAUGUCAUGUGACAUGUGCCUAGCCGUGUCGCACACGCAAGGCUGCUGUCUGUGGACCAAGAUGUAGACCUAAUGAAGGGCUACAGUUCUUGUUUCUUUCUUUCCUUUUUGGAUUGUUUGGUCUAUCUUGGCUAGUUCGUUUUGUGUUGCAUCGCCGUCAUGGCUCGAUGCUGUAAAUAAACGAGUACUGGACAACAACUGUCGGUGUCGGUGUAUACUUAAUCUCAGGGUCAGCCCGUCUUAACCACAACACCUCAGUGGGUAAAAGCAUCCCCACUGAGUGAGGGUUACAUUUGGCGCCCAACGUGGGGCUUGACCUUGGGAGAUAGGAUGGAAGACAGCGACCCGACGUUGGAGAAGUUGUCGCAGGAGCUGGCCAAGUUGACGGCUAAGAUGGCGGCGAUGCAGGCAGAUGCGCAGCGGCCCGUGAAGGUGGAGGUGUGUGCUCCAGCACACAACAGCAAGCUGAGUGUGUUCACCGGCCUUCCACCCACUGGAGGAGGGGAGGUGAGUUUCCCGGAAUGGGAAACCCAAGUUCAAUGCUUGCUGCGGAACACCAGCGUUCCGAACCCGUUGCCACGCGUCUUAGGCAGCCUGAGAGGGAUUGCCUAUGAGCGGGUGAAGCAAGCUGCGAGUCCAGAGGAAGUGCUAUGCCUCCUACAAAGCACUUUUGGCGACACCAGAUGUGCCGAAGACAGGUAUCUGCAGUUCAGCCGACUCACUCCACAUCCAAGGGAGUCAGCGUCGGAAUUUCUCUGCCGACUGUGGUCAGAGAUGACGAAGCUAAACCAGCAGCGUAUCUUUACUGAGGCCGAUGCCCAGAAGAAGGUGUAUCACACUUUCUGCAAGGGGGUUUCACCUCUUCUGGCGCUCGAACUUCGCGGCACAUUUGGUUUCGCAGGGGAAGCCAGUCCGAAGGUGGAGGACGUUCUGAAAGCUGUUAAAAGGCUGGACGGGUCAGCUGAGUCCCCAGUCGUAGCCACGGCAGCAGCUAACAGGACUAUCCAGGUCGACGCAGUAACGGCAGCUGUUCACCAAGAGACGACGCCGCCGCUGAUGCUCAAGGAGGAACAACUCGACCGUCUGGCGGAGAAGGUCGACGCAGUAACGGUAGCUGGUCGCCAAGAGACGACGCCGCUGAUGCUCACGGAGGAACAACUCGACCGUCUGGCGGAGAAGGUGGCAGAUAUCCUAGCCCGGAAACAACAGCCCUCCAGAGGAGCUUGUUACGGGUGCGGGUCCACGAAGCACUUCGUCCGCGACUGUCCGAGAAAAGCAGCUAGGCAACGGGGUCAGCAGCAGGGAAACGCCAGUCGAUCAGCGUCGGGGAGCGGAUGCUGAUGCGUGUUCUGCCAAGCUCCCAGCCCAAGUUUACACCACCGAGAUCAUCACAGUGUCGAGCAACCACAGCUCAGGUUACCUCGCCUAACGGCUGGAGGUACGGCUGUCGGGUGUUCCGCCGUGGAGGAGGGUUGCAGCCGGAGGGUGCGCGUGAGAAGGGUAGACAGCCACACUAUGAAUGUCAGUCUCAGCGCGAGCAAGAUCGACGCUUGGGAGACAGACAUGACACAAGCAGAGGUCGGAGACGCCGCCGGAGGAGAGGCCGACGACGUGGUGGACGCCGCCGUGGUUGGCAGCGACCCGACUAUACAAUGUCGAGUGCUGAACCCACUGUGGCGGAGGGGGAGCGACGGAGAGAGGUCAUCCCAACCAGUGAGGCAGAUGAAGGUGAGGAACUGACAAUCAAGGUGGUAGUCCCAGCCAGACUUCGGCCGGAGGCAAUGCCUUUCGUGCCAGAGGUGGUCGCCCGGGACGGGCAAGACAAGGAGAUGGUCAGGCCAGCCCCACAUCUGGAUGAGGUGAAUGCGAGGGACGAGGCAUCGGACGAGGAUGACUCUUGGAUCAACCCAGAACCACCAGCGGAGCUGCGGAGGUCAACCCGUCAACGACGACCCGUCGAGCGACUCAACCUGGCGCAUCAAGUGGUGACCAGUACCAGCACUGGAGCCUCUACCGGUUUGCCGGGAAUAAUCUAUCUGAGUUGAAAGGACUUAAUGUCUGUGUACUUGUGUACUGAACUUUUUUUUAAGUAUGAGUUGUAAAUGUAAAUGUAAAUGUGAAUUCCAUUGUACAUUUAUUUGUGAGGGGGGCUGUGUAACACAUAUGGUUACGAGCCAAAGGGGGAUAAAACUAUGAAGUUUUUAUUCAUUGGGUUGCAGCCCCUGUGGGACUGCAACUGAACUGUUGACGUUUUUUUAUGCUUUUGUGAGCGAAAUUACCUGUGUUCCAUGUCAUGUGACAUGUGCCUAGCCGUGUCGCACACGCAAGGCUGCUGUCUGUGGACCAAGAUGUAGACCUAAUGAAGGUAGUGUAGAUAUUUAAAUUAUGUUUGUUAAAAUACUUACUUAUGUAUUCCUGCUAGUGCUGCAUGUGCACACUAGUUAGGGUGAUGUAUUAAAUUAAGUAUUUAUUUUGUAGUACUACUUAUUGGUACUUGUUGGCAGUACUGUGUACUGGCCGAAAACAUAAUUUAUUGUACCCGUGUAUAUUGUAGCUUACACGUGGUGUUGUCCUGAAUGUAACUUUUUUAUUUUACAUUUGUUUUAGGGCUACAGUUCUUGUUUCUUUCUUUCCUUUUUGGAUUGUUUGGUCUAUCUUGGCUAGUUCGUUUUGUGUUGCAUCGCCGUCAUGGCUCGAUGCUGUAAAUAAACGAGUACUGGACAACAACUGUCGGUGUCGGUGUAUACUUAAUCUCAGGGUCAGCCCGUCUUAACCACAACACCUCAGUGGGUAAA